AUGAAUGAUUCUGGCGAUACAAUAGGCAUUCAUAACAGCACUCAUCCGGCUGAAUGGUCCAAGAGCACAGUUUCCACCUUGCUAAGGCACCCUAGUUGCUAUAUUAUUGAUACGGAUUAUCUGGUCGAACGAUUCUGGUUAGUGACUGUGCUCGGCUCAACAUUAUCAACGAUCAGUAUUGUUGAGAAUAUAUUUCUGUUCGCGGUGUUUGUAUCGAGUCGACAGCAUCGUAACAGUUGCUCGUUGUAUUUGAUGUUGCUGGCGUUGUCGGAUACCUUCAUCAGUGGAACGUAUAUUCUGAUUAUGUCCGUUAAAGUGUUGUAUCAGUUCACCGAAAGCGUCUAUUUGAAACGAAUGUGGGUGGUAUAUUUGGUGCCAAUGAUGACCAUGUCCCAUAUCACAAUAACAACUUCAUCGUUUCUGAUCGUUUUCGCCACAGUCGAACGAUUCUGCGUUACCGUAUCGCAUCACUGCGUUGAAUUCCUGCAAAACAAUCGCAAACUUAUCGCAUUCUUCGCUGUGGUCAUUGGUGUCUUCACGAAGGGAACACUCCUUCUUGAGAUCGUCCCCGUAUACGAUCCGGAUUGUGCAGAUACACUGAACGAGUAUCAUCUAGAGGUGACCCCAUUGGUGAUUCACAAUCGCCACUAUAAACUAUGGCGUUUUUGGUUUCGGAAUAUAGUCACAAUUCUGUUUCCAUUCUUCACGUUGAUGUACUUGAAUGCAAGAAUUGUGAAUGAACUGAGGAAGAACGUUUAUUUGGGAACGCAAUCGAGCUCCACUCACAACCACGCCAAUAAAGCGGUCAGCGCAAAGCAGCGCAAGGCUCGGGUUCGAGCCGCCACGCGCACAAUGGUGCUGGUUGUAUGCACAUAUCUUCUAGCCAAUAUGCUCAACGUUAUUAUCACCAUUUGGGAGCAUACGGAUGCCACAUCAUUAUUCACUAGUUUUCUCGACUUCUACAUAAUAAGUGUGGAUGCCGUCUCGUUGUUAACAAUAUUCGCAUGUGCCUCGCGACUUCCGAUCUAUGCAAGUUGUCAAACUUUGUUUCGACGAGAGAUGUGCAAUUUCGCGAUGCAAAUCUUCACGAGGAAAAGGCCUUCCGAGUCGACGGCCCUUCUCGAUCACAAUCUUAAUCGAAUGGGGAGUUAA